GAUCUGAGAGGUAGACAUAAAUAAAUUACAAAUAAAGAAGACAAAAAAGACUUUCAAGGACUUUUAUAAAGCGAUGAUAUGUUUAUAUACCUGUUUUUAUACAGUCUAUGUAUGUUACACGUUGCUAGUAUGUAUUAAUGAAACACAUCCGGAGCGGCAGGUGGCGCUGUUGUCCAGCGGCGGCGCUGGUCUCCGUUCAGACAGCGAGAGGAAGAUGUGUGUUUAUGUCAGUUCGUGAAGAUCUCUCGUCUGAUGAAAUCUGAAACUGAAUCUGUUCUUGAUCGAAACUCUCUGAUUUCUCAGCGAUGGAGCAGAAGAAAAUGGUUAUCGUGACAGGCUUUGAGCCGUUCGGUGAACACGCUGUCAAUGCCAGCUGGGUGGCAGUACAGGAGCUGGAGAAGCUGGGUCUGGGUCACGAUAUAAAGCUUCACGUCGCUGAGGUUCCUGUGGAGUAUCAGGCGGUCCAGAGUCUUCUGCCGUCUCUAUGGAAACAGCAGCUUCCUCAAUUAGUGGUCCAUGUUGGAGUGUCCGGGAUGGCCACAACAGUAACUCUUGAACAGUGUGGUCAUAACCGGGGUUACAUGCGGCUGGAUAACUGCAGCUUCUGUCCGGAGUCACGCUGCUGUAUGGAGGGAGGACCCGACUGCAUUCAGUCUGUCAUAGACAUGGACGCCGUCUGCAAGAGAGUCAACUCCUCCGGGCUCGGCGUCUCUGUGUCCGUCUCAAAGGACGCCGGCAGGUAUCUGUGUGAUUACACCUACUACACGUCUCUGUUUCUGGGCGAGGGCAGGUCUGCGUUUGUGCACGUUCCUCCUCUGGGGAAGCCCUACAGCGCGGAGCAGCUCGCUCGGGCGCUCAGGGCCGUCAUCCUGGAGAUGCUCGAACUGAUGGAGAACAACAAGGGAAAGAAACCCUGUCUGCACAACCAAUGAGAGCACAGGCCGAGUCUCGUACGCUGUUAUCUAGCCUCGGCUUGGAUUCAAGAGUUCAUGCUCAUUUGAAGACAUCCGUGUGCUACAUACUAGGAUCAGUCAGCUGGGUUGAGAUGCAGCUUGUGUGCUAAACUCAAUCCUACGGCUGUGUUCAAAUAGUCAGGAAAGCACUUUAAUGGGCUAAACUUGAAACAUGCAGAGAUUUGGUUUUAUGCAUAAAAAGAGUUGGAAGUUUGAAAACAGUACGUAUACAUGGAGAUCUUUAAACCAUGUUUCAAUUUUUUUUUUUUUUUUUUUUUUUUUU